GUCCCUGGGAAUAGCAAAUGAAGAAGAAUUUCGGACUGGUUUGACGUGCUGUUUUCGUUUUUUUCGGCAAAAAAGAAAUAGAGGUUUUGAAAACUCCACCGUUGCCGUUACACAAAAUAAUAUGAAUAAUGUACAUAGCGCUUUUGUUGGCGGGCAAAAGCGACGCUUGUCGGAAAGCGAAUGCGGCAGCAGCAAGCAAGCGGACGCGCCCCACCAACAAACAAUUGGUCAAGAGGGGCAAGUGCAGCAGCAACAGCAGCAGGAGCAGCCGGAACGGAAACAACGCAAAAAAAAGAACAACAGACACAAGAUGAUGAUCACGAAGAGCGUCACGAACACAAUCUGCUCGAUUUAUGCGACGAGUUAUUAUACGAGAUAUUUCAGUACCUCGACUCAUCAUCGAUCAUGGCGAUGAUGCUUUGCUCACCUCGUUUUGAAAGUCUGCUCUUGGAUCAUCGAUUCUGGCACAAUAUUGAUCUCAGCAAUGCACCGUUACCUUUGGGUAUUCUGGAGGAGAUUCUUGGCCGCGCCACGGAAAAGACACACACCAUCAAGAUCUGUGGUCCACCUUCGUCGCAGCAUGUGGCUGGGGAAUUUAAGCAAUUCACUUGUACACUGACCUCGGUCUUUCCCAAAGUGGCCACACAUUUGGAGGUUCUGGAGCUGGUUGGAGUUAGCUUGGAUUUUGAAUACAUACAUAUAUCGGAGUUUCCGGCAUCGUUGAAGCGCUUGACCUUAAAGGAUUGUAGUGUUAAAGUUGGCGAUCAUGUCAAAAGCAUAUUUCAUACGAUAGAAAAGCAUUUGGUUGUCUUAGAGGAUUUGAGUAUUGAGGACAACAACUGGUUUGAACCCUACUAUAUAAUGGCGCUCUCGAAACUGCCCGCUUUGCGUCGACUAAGUCUCAAGGGGUGUCAGAUGAUGUGCAAAUUUGUACCUUAUGGCAGCAUGGCUGCACGCUUUGGGUUUUCCAAACUGGAGGUGCUUGAUUUGCGUUUAACUCCCAUCAAUAAUGGCGAUCUGCAAUGCUUUAGUGCUGUGGAAACGUUGAGGGAACUGCUGUUGGAAUCGCCUCCCAAUAUGCCACAAGGACCGCCGCUGCUUAUGAAGUCCGAUGUGCCAAGUAGCUCACAGCCCGAUUCUCACAAGGCGCUAAGCGACGACGAACCCUCCACUUCGCGAGCAGCCAUGGAACAUUUACGCAAAUAUGCGCAGUGUAAUGCACAGCCAACAACAGCAACAUCAACAGAUGCGACGAAGCCGCCAAGUGAUACAUUUCAAUCGGACAAUUGCAACGAGAGAAAGGAGAACAAUAGUGAGGCAAGAGCAACGUCGCGCACAACGAUGCGUUUGCGCUGUUUGAUACCGGAGUCUGAUGAUGAGGAUACCUCGUCAACGUCCGCGUCUUCCUCCGACAAGUCCGAUAAUACAACGACGCAAAGCAACGGUCAUAGCUCGGACGCCAGUCUGUCAGUGCAGCCGCCAAAUCUGGUGGUUAUAGCGCUUCCCAGCUUGGAUCCGGCUCGCACUGCAGCAGCUGUCGCAGCCAACAUUAACGCCAGCGCCAACGCCAACGACAACGCUCCAGUUGAGAACCCAGAGAAUGCAGAAGCGGCAGCUGGUCCUGGUGAAGCAGCGCCUGCAUUGCCGCGUGCAUUCAUACACGUGGAGAAUAAUCCACCAGCAGAUUAUCCGCGUGAUCCGGUGAUAGCUUCGUUGCUGGAGCAUGUAGUGGAGCGCAUACAAAUACAAAUUCAUGAUAAUAAUCCGGCGCAUAGUCGUUUUUUUGCCUCGACGCGAUCAAGUCAUCUUUAUGAAUCCACAUCUCAUGAGCGACGCGGGUGGAGGAGGCGCCGGUGGCAAUGGAGCUGCACCUGGAGCAGGAGCUGGACCUGGAGCAGGAGCUGGAGCGGAGCUGGCGGAGGUGGCAUGGCGAAUGUCUUCCUACCGCGCCGUCACCGCUUCCAGCCACGCGGCAAUUUCGAGCAGGUUGUGGGACAUCCCAUGUUCUGGAAUGUCCUGGAUCCGCUCGAUCGUGACUAUGCGCGACGCAUGCGCAGCCGUCAAGGGCCGCCAAUGGCGCUGUCCAACUACAUUUCCGAUCGCGCUGUCUACAGUUUUGGACGCGCUGAAAAUCCUGUGCAACCCGAUGUCGUUUGGAUACGCAAUUCAAAUCGAUCGCCCAACACACGACUAGAGCGCAUCUCGUUGCGCAAUUAUACGCACAUUACCAACUAUACGCUGGAGCAUUUGGUGCAGUGUUCACCGAAUCUGGUCUACAUUGAUGUGAGCGGCACUGGCGUUACGUUGUUGGGUGUGCGCAUGUUUAAGCGACAGAAGCCCAACUGUGAGGUGAUUGCAACGCAUUUAACGGUAACCUCUACAGAGCAACCGUCGACUGUAAACGAUACGGCGCCAGAAACAGAAACAGAAACCGAACCCGAAACGGAAACAGAAAAACAACCAGCACCAGACCAGACCGAAGAGAAGAAUGUAGAGAAUGCUAAACCCGAGGAGCAAGCACAAGCGCCAAGUGAGGCGAACAACAACAACAGCAUUGACAAUGAUGAGCAGCAGCCGCUGGAGCAGCAAUCGCCUGCUCAGCAACAGUAAAAAUAUCGCAUUCUAUACAAAAAAUAUAUUUUAUAUGUGAACGGUACCCGAUCCUUUCUGUGAAAUCAUGGAAUAAUCAACCCACGCUUAAAUGAAUGAUUCUCUACAAUGGUGUGGAACGAAGAAGAGUAUGUAAUAAGUUAAAAAGAUUCUCUGCAUGAAGUGGUACGAAAAAUAAUAUGUUAAAAAGAUUCUCUGCAAUGAAGUGGAACGAAGCAUAAGUAAUAAGUUCAAAAGAUUCUCUACAAAUGAAGUGGUACGAAAAAUAAUUAAUAAGUUAAAAAGUCGCCAUAUUUUGGCCGCCCUUUAAAGCCUGCUGUCUACAUGUGAAGGUUGUAGCGCAGAGUUAGUAUUAUGUUUGCAAACAAAAACAAAAAACAAAAAUAAAACACUACAAAACACAAUGUACUAUAAACUUACCUAUACGUGUGUGCGUGUCUGCUUAAAUGAAAUGUAUAAAACUCCCCCAAAAUUUACUUGUUAAGAUGCAUUAAAACGAGAAACCAUUUUUUGGAAUUGAAAAUUGAUGAAAUGUUUAUUUGGUAGCUAAGAUGAGUGUAGACAGAGUUCGAAUAAACAAUUGUUUCAAUUUCGAUUAGAAAAUGUGAUUAGAUGUUAAAAGAGUAUGUAUAUAUUCUAUAUAUGCCAUUUCGUAUUCAGAGAGUUAUUUGUUUCCAUUCGACGAUUCCUCCUCGCCAUCCACAUCUGAUUCUUCAUCGCUUUCAGACUCGGUUUCUGAGCCAUCUGAGCUCUGACAAUCGGCAAU